UCAUUGUAGUUUUCGCAGGAAAAAUAGCAUAUCCCCUCUCUCUUUCUCUCUCUUGUUCGCUCUCGAUCUGCUCCUGCCGGAGGACGGAGGAAGGUGAAAUCCAUCUGCAGCAAUUCUUCGUCACUCUCUCUCUAUAGCUCAUCCAGCACGACGAGAUGAAGGAGAGUAGAGAUGGAACCAGGAAUGAUAGGAGUGCGAAAUCUUCAUCCGUCAGUACGGUUCCGCUUAUCUUGGACAUAGACGACUUUAAGGGGGAUUUCUCCUUUGAUGCAUUGUUCGGUAACUUGGUCAAUGAUCUCCUCCCGUCAUUCCAAGAGGAGGAAAACGAUUCAUCAGAAGGACAUGGUAAUAUCGGUGCAAACGAUGUUUUGCCGAAUGGGACUCUUAGAGCUUCAGCUGAUGCUGCUAAAUCAGCGCAAGGGCUUUCUACUCCUUUGUUUCCAGAAGUUGAUGCUCUUCUGACCUUAUUCAAGGAUUCCUGUAGGGAGUUGGUUGAUCUUCGAAAACAAGUUGAUGGCCGACUCUAUAAUCUCAAGAAGGAGGUCUCAGUUCAAGAUUCAAAGCACCGAAAGACACUUGCUGAGCUGGAAAAAGGUGUAGAUGGCCUGUUUGAUAGCUUUGCGAGAUUGGAUUCCCGAAUUUCCAGUGUUGGGCAGACUGCUGCAAAAAUCGGAGAUCAUCUUCAGAGUGCAGAUUCUCAACGUGAAACUGCAAGUCAGACAAUAGAUCUUAUAAAGUACCUGAUGGAGUUUAAUAGCAGCCCAGGUGAUCUAAUGGAGCUUUCAUCUCUUUUCUCCGAUGACAGUCGCGUUGCCGAGGCCGCUUCAAUUGCUCAGAAAUUGCGGUCAUUUGCUGAAGAAGAUAUUGGAAGACAAGGCAUAGCUGUGUCCUCGGUAGUGGGAAAUGCUACUGCUAGCAGGGGGCUGGAAGUUGCUGUUGCUAACCUCCAGGAUUACUGCAAUGAGUUGGAGAACAGAUUGCUGGCGCGAUUUGAUGCUGCAUCACAGAGAAGAGAAUUGUCAACAAUGGCUGAGUGUGCCAAAAUAUUAUCUCAGUUCAACAGGGGAACCAGUGCCAUGCAGCAUUAUGUGGCAACACGACCUAUGUUUAUUGAUGUGGAAGUCAUGAAUGCAGAUACAAGGUUGGUUCUUGGUGAGCAUAAUUCACAGGUUAGCCCAAGCAAUGUGGCUCGUGGCCUGUCAUCUCUGUACAAAGAAAUUACAGAUACUGUGCGUAAAGAAGCGGCCACGAUAAUGGCUGUGUUUCCUUCACCCAAUGAUGUAAUGUCAAUAUUGGUUCAGAGAGUCUUGGAGCAGCGAGUUACAGCCCUUCUAGACAAAAUACUAGUCAAGCCAUCUCUUGUAAAUUUACCUCCUAUGGAAGAAGGCGGGCUAUUAUUGUACCUAAGAAUGUUAGCAGUGGCGUAUGAGAAGACACAAGAACUUGCUAGAGACUUGAGAUCUGUUGGCUGUGGUGACUUGGAUGUUGAGGGCCUCACGGAGUCUCUGUUUUCUUCACACAAAGAUGAGUAUCCUGAACAUGAGCAGGCAUCUCUUGGACAACUUUAUCGAGCAAAGAUGGAGGAAGUACGUGCAGAAAGCCAGCAGCUUUCUGAGUCAACUGGAACAAUUGGCCGAUCAAAAGGACAUUCAGUUGCAUCUUCCCACCAGCAGAUAUCAGUUACUGUUGUAACAGAGUUUGUGCGUUGGAAUGAAGAAUCUAUAUCAAGAUGCACCCUGUUUUCCUCUCAACCUGCCACACUUGCAGCUAACGUGAAAACAGUUUUUACUUGCCUGCUAGACCAGGUAAGUCAGUACCUAACAGAAGGGCUUGAUCGGGCUAGAGAUAGCCUCACUGAAGCUGCCGCUUUGAGGGAAAGGUUUGUGCUGGGCACCAACAUUAGUCGGAGGGUAGCUGCUGCAGCUGCUUCUGCUGCUGAGGCCGCUGCCGCUGCUGGUGAGAGCAGUUUCAGAUCUUUCAUGGUUGCCAUACAACGCAGUGGUAGUAGUGUGGCAAUAGUCCAGCAAUACUUCGCAAAUUCAAUAUCUCGGCUCUUACUACCAGUGGACGGUGCACAUGCUGCUGCUUGUGAAGAAAUGGCGACAGCUAUGUCUGGUGCUGAAUCUGCUGCUUAUAAGGGUCUUCAACAAUGCAUCGAGACAUUAAUGGCUGAGGUUGAAAGGCUGCUGUCAGCUGAACAAAAGCAAACAGAUUAUAGGUCACCGGAUGAUGGCAUAGCUCCUGAUCAUCGACCAACAAAUGCCUGCACACGGGUUGUGGCCUAUCUUUCUCGUGUGCUUGAAGCUGCAUUCACUGCAUUAGAAAGUCAAAACAAGCAAGCGUUUCUCACUGAACUGGGAAAUCGCUUGUACAAAGGGCUGCUUAAUCACUGGCAAAAGUUCACUUUUAAUCCCAGUGGAGGUCUGCGGCUGAAGCGUGACAUAACUGAAUAUGGAGAAUUUGUGCGUAGUUUUAAUGCUCCUUCCAUUGACGAAAAAUUUGAGACGUUGGGCAUCAUGGCAAACGUCUUUAUUGUUGCUCCUGAGAGCCUCUCCACAUUGUUUGAGGGCACUCCCAGCAUCCGGAAAGAUGCACAAAGGUUUAUCCAGCUUAGAGAAGACUAUAAGAGCGCAAAGCUAGCAGCCCGACUUAGCUCCCUAUGGCCAAGCUCUAGUUGACACUUGAUCCCCUGUCAAUGCAGAGUUUACCACCCUAAUAUUGUUGGGCAGUUCAUCACUGGUGCUCCAUCAGUCAUAUCGUACUUCCUCGGCUGGAUUCUUCUGAUAGCACCCACGAGCAAACUAAUUUGGGGCAAAGCUGGUGCCGGACUCUUCGGACUUAUGUCAGGAUUAUGUCAGUUCUCCUUUUUCCUCGUACCUGGUUGUAAAUUUUGAGCUGUGGAUACAGAGAUGAGUUUUGCCCCCUUUCCAUAGCUUCUACUUUAUGAAUUACCAGUGCAAAUUUAUUUAUUCUUCAGGUGCCAGUCAAGGCAGGAGUCAGUCUGGUCUGUAUUGCUGUUGUAUAUGAAACUCUAGGAUGAAUGACAAGAUACUUUUGAGUA